AUGAACGCUCAACUGCGGAAGGUGAUACUUGGGGGCGCGCUGAGAGCGAACAAGCCGCUGCUAUCUAGCACCCAUACCUUAUCUCGCAGUAAAAAUGCGCGCUUGUUUUUUCCCGCUUUGCAAUCGCUUUCCAUUUCAAAUCGGAAGUUUUCCACGUCUGGUAUCUCACCAAAACUAGAGCUGACGAUGACAGAAGGACAAAUCACUGAUAUUACAGGUUCAGUUGCCAACAGCAGCACUGGUCACGAGCCGUGGGGUGUUGUACAGGGCGUGCAGUCAGUACUAGAAGCAGUGCACACGACCACGGGGCUUCCUUGGUGGGCCACAUUAUUACUCUCUGGUGUGACACUGCGAGCUACCAUCUUUCCAUUCUACGUGUUACAAAUUCAAGCUAUGCAAAGGUUAUUACAAGCAAGACCAGAUUUCAUGAAAUUGUAUUCAGCUUACAAGUACGCUCGUACAUUCAUUCCGACUUCGGACCAUAAAGGACACAUAAACGCUAUUUUACUUGGACGACAAGGUGUAAAAGCAGUAAUGAAGAAGUACAACACGCGUCCUAUCCAGACUAUCGUGGGGUCCGUUGCAUACAUCCCCCUUUUCACCCUCAUGGCAUAUAGUGCCCGCGAUAUGGUACGGUCCGGAAACUUUGCAGGAUUUGACUCUGGUGGGUUUUCAGUCUGGAUGAAUUUGAUAGAGACGGACAGUACAUACGUCUUACCUAUCCUCGCCGCAACAUCAACUUACGCCAACUUGGAGCUAUCUCUGCGGACUAAAAGUGGCUUGUGGACGACAUUGCUACAAGGAGGACAAUAUAUCACAAUCCUCGCUGUCCCAAUAAUUGCGAAUUUACCACAAGGUGUUUUCUUCUACUGGCUUGGAGCAUCGUGGUCGUCCAUGGCACAGAUCAUCGCUAUGAGCAACAACAACUUUCGCCGACGUAUUGGGCUAAAACCUCGAAUUGUGGAAGCUCAGUCACCGGCUGCUGCACUUAAAAUGACAUCGGAUGCUACCGAAGGUGCAACGGUUAUAAAUAUUGUACCCUUCGAACAGCAGCAGCACUAG